AUGAUCACGGCGGAGCACAGCCGAAGCGGCGGUGCCGCUCUAAGCCUCGGCCUGAAAGUGCUGACAAGUCGGUGGUUCAUGGUCUUCGCUUGCCUCCUAAUUAUGUCAAUGUCCGGCGCGACCUACAUCUUCGGCGUCUACUCCAACGACAUCAAGACUUCUCUCGGCUACGACCAGACAACCUUAAACCUGAUUGGGUUCUUCAAGGACCUCGGCAGCAACAUUGGAGUCAUGUCCGGCAUCAUCAACGAAUUGAUGCCGCCCUGGGUGGUGCUCGCCAUCGGCGUCGCCAUGAACUUCUCCGGCUACUUCAUGAUAUGGCUCGCUGUCACGGGACGCAUAGCUAAACCCCUUGUGUGGCAGAUGUGCUUGUACAUAUGUAUUGGCGCAAACUCUCAGACUUUUUCAAACACUGGUGCGCUGGUGACUUGUGUUAAGAACUUCCCGGAGAGUAGAGGGAUUGUCAUCGGUCUGCUUAAGGGGUUUACCGGCUUGAGUGGUGCGAUUAUCUCGCAGCUUUUUCAUGCCUUCUAUGGGCAUAAUUCCAAGGAUUUGAUUUUGCUUAUCAGCUGGCUUCCGGCUGCCGUGUCGUGCGUUUUCCUAAGAACGGUUCGGCUGAUGAAAGGUAUUCGGCAAGAAAAUGAACUUCAAAUCUUCUACGAUCUUCUCUAUACAUCUCUUGGUCUGGCGGGUUUCCUCAUGAUCCUAAUUAUCUUGCAAAAUGAGCUUGUUUUUAGCAGAGCACAGUACGAGGGGAGCACCAGCAUUGUCCUGAUUCUGCUCUUUGCCCCACUGGCUAUUGUUUUUAGAGAAGAGUUCAAGAUUUGGAAGAGCAAGAAAGUAACGGGAAAUGAAUCAAAUGAUACCUCUCGCUUGAAAGUAACCACUAAAAAUCCGCCGCCAGUAGAAGCACCAGGGCCAGAACGGCCGCCGCAAAUGGUGGCUCAGCCGCCAAAAGAUCAAGAGAAGUCCGUUCCGUGGUGGAGGGAUGUGUUCAAACCGCCGGAAAGAGGCCAGGACUACAACAUACUACAGGCCCUUUUCAGCAUUGACAUGAUCAUAUUGUUCACUGCGAUAACAGUCGAAGGUGGGGGAACUUUAACUGCUAUAGACAAUUUAGGCCAAAUCGGCAAGGCCUUAGGCUAUCCACCGAAAAGCAUCACCACAUUUGUAUCUCUUGUGAGCAUAUGGAACUAUCUCGGCAAAGUGGCCGCAGGCUUUGCUUCUGAAAUUUUCUUGGCAAAGUAUAAAUUCCCCCGUCCUCUCAUGCUCACUUUGGUGCUUCUUUUCUCAUGCACCGGCCAUCUUCUGAUUGCAUUUGGCAUCCCGAAUUCUCUGUAUGUCGCUUCAGUGAUUACGGGGUUUUGCUUCGGAGCUCAAUGGCCGUUAAUUUUCACGAUCAUUUCCGAAAUAUUCGGUUUAAAGUACUACUCCACACUAUACAGUUUAGGCGGAGGAGCCAGCCCACUUGGGGCUUACAUUUUCAAUGUUAGAAUAACAGGGCAUUUAUAUGACAGAGAGGCCAUGAAACAAAUGGCUGCAAAAGCUCUCAACCGGAAGGAAGGAGAAGACCUGUCUUGCGUUGGCGUGCAGUGCUAUAAGCUGGCGUUUCUGAUAAUCACGGCAACUACGCUGAUCGGAUGCUUCGUCUCUUCCAUCUUGGUGAUCAGAACAAGAAAGUUUUAUAAGGGGGAUAUAUACAAGAAGUUCAGGGAGCAGGAUGUUUCAGCAAGGUGA